GUUUUUCAUACAAAACAGGACAGUCCUCAUUACUCAGAAAGCUUAAAUUAAUUAUGAGUCAGCCAAAUUCAUAUCAUUAUUUUUUUUGGCAUCGCCCAAAACAACAUGGCUUAUUAGCCGGCUGAUCAUUCCGUUCAGUCACGGAAGAAUGUAUCAAAAGAUGAUAUUCUAUUACUUUGUCAUUAUUUUGUAGCUAAAAAAAUUAAAUGUACAUGUUUAAAAAACGUUUUUAAGACGACGCGCACUUUUUUAAUAAAACACGCACGCUUUGACCUCUCAGCUACUGCAUGAUGUAUAAUUUAGAAUUUUUAUGCUGAUUUAUUGGCAAUAUAAAUAAAUUUGUAAAUUAUAAGUUAAGAGCUUAGAAAACGCAAAAACGUGACACUGCGAAAUUGGUUUUUCAUGUGGAAAUAGUUCGAAAUUCUGUUCUCUGGAUGCGAAAAAAAAUCAUUAUAAAUUGUGUCCUCAAAAGACGUCAAGAAUGGGAUAAAAAAAAAGCUAAAUUCACAUAUUAAAAAGAGAAGUUCUAAGUUUGAAAAUAUCGAUCUUUUUUCGUCGCAGAAUUAGUUUGUGAAAUUUCAUAUUAUGGUCUAACCAAAAAACGAUGAGCAAGCUAAGAAGCUAUAGUCUAUAGUUAUCAUAAUCCUCUUAAAAUUCUCCCUUCUAAAUUUCAAAGCUUUCCAAGAUAAAUGACGUUUAGUUUGCGUCUCCGUUGCCCCCUACAGCUGCGGGCCUUCCGCGGCUAUUUCCAGAAGUCGCACUAACGAAAUGGCUCUAUCAUUAUCAUGAAUAUAAAAGUCAUCACCGUCGUCAGCGCCAAUGCAAAUAUCUGUAGGCAAUAGAUGGCUUCCUAGGCAACAUUUCAGCCUACACCUUAAGAAUAGCUGGCCAGUAGGGAGCUAAGCACUGCUGCUGCUGCUGCUGCUGCUGCUGCAGAGGGUUGUCUGCACCCCUUCUCUCUCAGCAUUAAUGAAGAAACGACUAUAAAAUAUUUUGGUUGCGGAAGCACCGCAUGCAGCAACAUUACUCAUCGCUGGUGAGCAUAAGCAGUCAGGAAGGAGCUACAAUCAAAAUGAAACAAGCAAUUAUCCUAGCCGCUUUCGUUGUGCUGAGUGUCACAGGACAGCGUCCUCACGAAGAUGCACACGGACCUCCUGAGCCGUAUCAAUAUUCCUACGCAACGGAAGAUCAGGAGGGCUCUUCCACUGCUAAUGAGUCUACUGAUGGUUCCGGCCGAAUUCAAGGUGAAUACACGAUCUCGUUAGCCGAUGGACGUCAAAGGACUGUAACCUACUGGGCCGACGGGAGUGGGUUUCAUGCCGAUGUGAUCACCAACGAACUCGGAACCGAGUCGAAAAGCCCAGCCGAUGUCACAGUCCGAUCCUCGGCUCCUACAGGCGAUGAAGCGGCUCUUCAAUUCGAGUCUCAACGGGUACGUGCCCAGGCUUCAUCUGCUCAGCCUAUCACGGUACCAGCCUCUGUAAGACGCUUCUUCCGGGCGGCAUAAUAUAUUGCUUACGACAAUUUGCGUGAUCAACUAAACUCGCUAAGAAGUGCAGCAAAUAUUCCACUGUAUGUGACCAAAUAGCGUCUACUUCUUUUUGUUUCCUUGUUGCUUUGCAAAGUUUAGUAACGAUUUAAGAACGCAUUUUGAUCUCUACUAACCUUGGGCAGAACAGAAUAAAGAAGCGGUUCUUUGGUUACUUAUACAUAAUACUCUAUUUGUUUUCUGUGAAGUAAAAUCGUUAGUUAAUCAAGCGC